UUUCUCUUUUUUUUUUUUUUUUGUAUAUUUAUGAUAACAAAUACAGUAACAAACCACCCUAUUAUCUGUUCCAUUUACAUUAACCCACCUUCCACUGCUCUGUUUUAUUUCUCUUCAGUACUGUUCUGCCAAAACAAAGUUCCCCAUUUUCUCUUUCAUGUUUUCUGUAUGUUACUGUACAUAUUAGUUUCUGCAAUAGUAUCCUAUUAUCUUACCUCUGCUUAUCUCAGCAUAACAAAAAAUUAUCACCAUCAUUAUCUCCCAUAUGAGCAAAUUAUCAUUCCUAUCAACAACUAAUCACUCUCUCUGCUCAAACAAAAUCCUUUUCCCUCUCACUGUCCCAAGAAAAAUCUUCUUCCCCAAGCCCAAAUGGACUCGUAAUGUGGUCACAGAUUCUGUACUUAGUCCCAAAAAGAUCGUGGUUAUAAUGGGUGCUACUGGUUCUGGAAAAUCAAAGCUUUCUAUCGAUCUCGCCACUCGUUUUUUCCCUUCUGAAGUUAUCAACUCAGACAAAAUCCAAGUCUACAAUGGCCUUGAAAUUACCACUAACAAAAUCUCAAUGCCUGAACGCAAAGGUGUCCCUCACCAUCUCCUCGGAGAAUUCAACGCUUCCGAGUCACACCCCGAGUUUUCUCCUUCUGAUUUCCGCUCAGCUGCUAGUUGCAGAAUCAACGAAAUCAUCAAUCGCGGGAAAAUUCCGCUUAUUGUAGGUGGGUCCAAUUCCUUCAUCUAUGCUCUACUCGCAAAACGAUUUAAUCCGAAAAUAGACUUUCUCGGACCAUCCAACCCGGUUCAGUGGGUAAGCAAUGAGCUUCGAUAUGAGUGUUGCUUUAUUUGGGUUGAUGUUUUGGGCACUGUAUUGAAUCAGUAUUUGGACAAGAGAGUUGACGAAAUGCUAAGCUCGGGAAUGGUCGAAGAGCUAGAAGAGUAUUUUAAGAAAGAGGGAUUUUCAGAUUCCAAAUCAGGGAGUCGAAACAGUGGAAUUCGUAAGGCAAUAGGAGUGCCGGAGUUCGAGAGAUAUUUCAAAGGGGAGGGAUUAUAUGAAGAAGCAGCGAAGGAGAUAAAGGAGAACACGCGCGUGUUGGCGGAGAGGCAGGUGGGGAAGAUUGUGCGGCUGAGAGAAGCUGGGUGGAACCUACAAAGAGUAGAUGCCACGGCGGCGUUCACGGCAGUGAUGACGUCAGAAUCCGGUAAGAGCGCGGCGAAGGAAAUUUGGGAAGAACAGGUGUUGGAACCAAGUGCAAAGAUUGUGAAGCAGUUCUUGUUGGAGUAGGCAACAGUAAAAGAGAGGCAGUCAAUUGACAAAUAAUAGUUUGAUCGAGCUCGAUAUGGGUAGUAGCUGACUACUUUACCACUGAGCUGUUGAAGAGCGAUAGAAGAUUCGAUCUCAUAAAGUUUAAUUUUCCUUCUCUAUCGAACUUUUUGCAGACGGGGACAAAUGGAGGAGUGAAGUGGCGACCAUUUUUGCGAUAAUAGGCUGCCAUUUGACAUAGAGCUGCUUUUUUCACCGCUGAAUGCUAACUUAUAAAUUCACAAGAGGCAAGAAACAGAGUCGUUUAAUUUCCCUAGCGUUUUGAGGAUUUAGGUUCACUUUUGAUUUUCUAUAUUAACCUUUAAAUAUCCAUCUUUGAAGAGUUACAUUUGGGUUAUAAGUGCAAUGGUAUGUUGUUGCCCAGUUUUGUCCGCAAAAUGAACAGAGGAAUAGGAGUUACUAUGUGUUAUUAAAUGGGGUAUAGAGUUGGUUUUUCUAUGUAAAGAUAUGUGUGAUUAUUAGACCAAAUGGUUUAUGCUUAUCAAU